AUGAUUGAGUUUUAUAUGUCGUAUAUUAUACUCAACGCCAACAGGAAAAGAAAAAAUGAGAAUCAUGAACAUUUUUAUGUUGACUAUGUUUAUACAACUGAUAUUCACAAUUAAUUCAGAAUAUGUCAAGUCUGACGGUUUAAAAAUAUUUUCAACUUCUCCAAUUGGUCCAUACAAGUUGAUCUUCAAACAAACUUAUAGUGUCAAUCUUGCGAAGAAUAAUACUAUUCAGUGUAACUAUUAUUUGAGCCACAGGGACAACAAAACAUUUAUUUUUGGAAAUACAACCUUGAAUAUUCCAUUUGACGACACUUUAUUUUUGGAACUUAAAAUGGCUCUCAAAGAUUCAUCCGGAAGAUGGAAAGAAAAUUUGUAUAUGCAGAAAUGGCCAAAUGCAUGCUCCAGUCUCAAAAAAAUAAUAGGAAACACGUGGACUGCAUUUGUGUAUGGAUUAGGCAUUAAUCAUACCAACUGCCCUCUACCCACGGGUUUUCAUACAGGUCGGGGGUUGGACACUUCAUUGUUCAAGUAUUCAAAUCUACCAAAAACAUUUUUAUAUGGCACAUACAAAGUUUACUUUUAUUUUUUGCAAAAAAAUGAAAUAGUCGGCGGUCAAGUUUACAUUUUAGAAUUUAAGCGUCCUUGAAAUCUGUUGUAUAUAAUAACCAUGUUUAUUAUUAAAUUUAUGCGAUAAUAUUUUUAA